AUGGAGCUAAGGAGAGGAAAGACCUUCAUUAAAUCUAGUUUCCAGCUAACCCAUGAGAAAACACCAUUGGUACAUGUGGUUGCUAUGGACAAGGACAAUCUGGGAAAAGAUAAACAGCUCACAAUUGAGGGAAGUCAAAGCGAAGCUGAAGUUCAACAGGCAUGUUUAGUUGCACACAAAAAUUACAGUAUUUCCAAUAGAACAACAAGGAAUGGGGCUGGUGAAACCAUCCUGUCUCCAUCUGGGUCUUCCUACAAACUAGUAAGAAAGAGUAAAACUCAUGACUGUGUGAUAGGGGCAGACAAAACUGAACCAUGGAGCCACAAGAGCAAAGCUUGUGAGGUGGGGUCUUCUGGAAGAAGCAAAGGGCGACUUGUCAACAGCAUCAGCUUUUCUGGGGUGUGCAACACCCUGAAUUCCAGUGAGAAGAAGGAUUCAGUUGUCAGUCCCAGCCAGUCCACAUGCAGCAGUCAGCAGAUGAUAGAUUACAGAAACUUUGUGCCACAGAUGCCUUUUGUACCAGCUGUAGCAAAAACUAUUCCCAGGAAAAGGAUUUCCCUCAAGAGAUCUAAGAAAGGGCUCAGGGAUAUAUUUCACAUUAAAAAAAAUAAACCAGAGGGCUUAACACUGUUAGUUGAAAAGGACAAGCGGCUGUCUUCUCCAGGGUGCAAAAGCGAGGUGUCAGGCAGGCUUGGAAAAUAUCUUUUCAGAACUGGAGAAACAUUUGCAGCUGACUGCUUGGCCCAAGAUUUCUCAGACAGUGAAAUGCAGUCUGACUCCUCCUAUGACUACUGCAAUACACUGUGUGAAGAUGUUGCUUCUCUGAAGAGUUUUGACUCUCUCACAGGAUGUGGGGAAAUCUUUGCAGAUGAGAGUUCAGCUCAUCUGGAGCUGGAAAACAGCAAAGAACUUCUACUGAGGAGAACCAAGCAAAAAGAGAGCCCUGUCUUAGGGUCUUUCCAGGGUGGGGUGGAACAGCUGGCAUCUCCUGCUCAGAAUGAGGCAGCUGACUUUGCAAAAUUUUGGGACAACAUCAACAAAUCAGUGCGAUUGCAUCAAAGUGCAUUAUUUGAUAAGAAGCUAUUGGAGAUACCCAGUCCUGACCUGGGAAAAGUUGCAAACACAGCUGCUGCUUCGGUGCCUGACCUGCAAGUGUCACCCGAUAAAGACUGUGACCAUUCCAAAGAAAGUUCCAUAGACAUGGGGACACCAAAAAGCGACCACCAGGAAUCCACAUCCACCAGUGAUGAAGGGUACUACGAUUCCUUCUCUCCCGGGCAAGACGAUGAAACGAAGGAAGCUCAAACGCCUGGGAUUCCAGGAAGAUUUCCGAGAGACAGUUACAGUGGGGAUGCUCUUUACGAACUAUUUUAUGACCCUAAUGAAGCCAAAAUAAAUCCAAUCCUAGAUGAUGAGCUCUGCCUGUCUGAAAGUGUUUCGGAACAGGCCAUUGAAAUCCCUCUAUCAAUUUACAGUUUUCAUGUUGGAGCAGAGGAGAAUAUGGCUUCCCAGCCCGCGGUUGACAUCAUCAGCCAGGGCUUUCUUCACAGCACAUGGAAAGGCAAAGAAUGUUUGCUAAAGCUCUGUGAUACUGAGCUUUCCCUGACCAUGGGAAUAAUAAACUGGCUGCGAAAACAUUCAGGGUUAGUUUCCCCCACAGACUCUGUGAGCAGUCCUAAAUCAGAGGUGGAAGAAAACAGAGAUCCGCUAGUCUCCUGCAGCUCUGAUCCUUGCCAAAGUCUGAACACAGCAGCUGAGAAGGACAAACAAAUCAAGGGAGAACCUAAUCUUUCUAACCCAGAGUCUUCUUUGGGUUAUAGCAAAGUUGCAGGCCAGCCACAUUUAGUAAAUGUUGAUGAAAAAGACCAAACAGAUGUUUCUGGGUCUCACACACCUCAUGAGUAUUCCCAGGAAAGGGAAAGCAAUUGCCACAGAGACCUGGCUUUUGCCCCUGAGGGGGCAGAAGCCAACAGCAUUUCAGGUAACAUGCCAACACCAGAGGUCAAUGGAGGCUAUUUGCAGACAUGUUCACCUGAAAGAGAGAAGAUGCCAAUUUCAGAAGACUGUGAAACACCAAAAGACAAAAAUCUAUCAUCUGGAGAUCUGAACAGGGAGACUAUUUUCCAGAGCUCUCAGAACUCUUUCUUAAAUGACAACCAUGAAGUGGAAUCAUGUUAUUCCUAUAAGACAGCUGCAACCUCCCCAAUGGAUCCCCUAGAGACAGCAGAUGAAAAUAAAACAACGUACCAUUCGUUGUCUAUUUCCUGUGACAAACCAAUGCAGCCUCUUACUUUGAAACAUUUUCAGAGCUACGUUAGCCCCACACAGACAGAAAACAGCACUAACAUUGUUCAGCUUUUGGAACGCUGUGUAACUCAAGUUGCAUCCCUAAAAAUCAGCUAUGAAAACAAACACCGGGAAGACAAAUGCAUCGGGAGUGAAAUGAACAAUAUCAUUUGUAAAAUGUCUCAAUACAAAAACAAGUUAUUGUUGCAAAAUGAAUGCAACUGCAUCACCCAAAGCUCAGAAUGCCCUGGCUUCCCUCAUACAAACGAAUGUAAUUAUGAAACAAGCUUCAAAGCCAGUGAUUUGUAUCACAUGAAACAAAAUGGGGAACUAAUUUGCUCUGAAGAUCAGAAAAACGGAACAAGUAUCCUAGAUCAGAUGAGUCACAUUACCAGGAAUGAAAUCAAUUUUGAAUAUGCUCAGUUAAAUAAUCAAUCCCUCUCUUAUUUAAAAGACUUUAGCCUUGAACUGAGUCCAAGUGAUUCUGCCACUAUGACACCCCUGAGCAGGCCUACGUUUUUACCUCUUUCCAAGUCUGUUUGCUCAGACAUGCCUAGUGAGUUUUCACAAGCCUCCCACAGAAUGAAGAGUUCCCCAGACAAACCACUGCAACAUAAUGAAUCUAAACAGGGCAGCCCCUGCUCGUGCAGUUAUACAGAAGGCCACUACAAAGUACUGUCUCAAGUGGCCACUGUGCCUCAUAACCCAGAGGUAUCUACCACAGAGAGAGCAGUGACAGGGAGGAACCAUAAAUAA